AACAACGCUGAUUCUGCGUAAAGACCACGUGACUCCGGGUUCUUCACGGCGGAGAGAGGAGACAAAGAUGGCGGCUCAGUGAGGCGCGGAGCGGGACGCCGGGCCAGGGACUAUAGCAUCACACACCGGGGCACCAGGGACCGCAGGACCGCGUCUACCCACCACACACCCCGACGCCGUGCUACGCAGACCACGCCUGAUCGGACCUUCAACGGCUGAGAACCCGCAAACAAAGAUUAUCCCAGCCAAUUUGUUACCAUGAGAGGGAGAAGGGGCAGGCCGCCCAAAGCCCCGCCGGCCGAGGAGCAGCGGAGCCUGGCCCCGGUGCACGGCCUCAGACCCCGCAGGAACCUGAAGCCCCGGGCCCGGGACAGCGGGGACGAGGACACCGAGAGCCCCAAGAGGGAGAGGUCCAAGUCGACCCGGGGGAGGAAGCGGGGAGGCGCGGGGGGGGGGACAACACGGGGCCGGGGCCGAGGCAGGGGGGCAGGCCGCGGCAGAGGGAGAUGUUCGGCCGCCUCAAGGACCCUAGUGUACGACGACCACGAGAGUGAGGACGACGAGGACGACGCGGUCAGUCUCCGGUCAGAAGAGGAGGAGGUUGUCGAGGAGGACCCCGUGUCCGAGGAAGAGGCGGAGGAGGAGGAGGCCCUGAAGGAGGAGGUGGAGGGCUUGGAAGAUGUGCUGCUGGAGGAGGAUGAGGCUGUUGAUGGGGAUGACGGUGCCAGCCACUGCACGGAGAGCAGCGGCCACACCAGCACCCCGGGGAGGAGGAGACCCCGGGCCUCCCGGGCCCGCACCCCCCUCCUGGAGCAGAAGGAGGUGCCCCCCCUGGUGCUCCCGGAGAGCUCGGAUGACCUCCUGAUCCCCCGGAGGGAGCUCCUCAGCGUGGCCUCCGUCUACGAGGUGCUCCGCAGCUUCAGCGGCGUGCUGCGCCUCUCGCCGUUCCGCUUCGAGGACUUCUGCGCGGCGCUGGUCGGCGGGGAGCAGUGCACGCUGGUGGCCGAGACGCACAUCGCCCUCCUCAAGGCCAUCCUGCGCGAGGAGGACUCCUCCAACACCUCUUUCGGCCCCGCCGACCUCAAGGACUCGGUUAACUCCACGCUGUACUUCGUGGACGGCAUGACCUGGCCCGAGGCUGUGCGGGCGUACUGCGAGAGCGACAGCGAGUACCGCCACGUCCUGCCCUGGCAGGAAGGGGAGGAGUUUCCCUACGGGCCGCUGCAGAGCAAGGUGAAGGUGCUGCAGUUCCUCACGGACCAGUUCCUCACCACCAACAUGGCGAGGGAGGAGCUGAUGUCGGAGGGGGUGGUGAUCUCCGACGACCACUGCCGCGUGUGCCACCGGCUGGGCGACCUACUGUGCUGCGAGACCUGCUCGGCCGUCUACCACCUGGAAUGCGUAAAGCUGGCCGCCGUGCCGGAGGACGAGUGGCAGUGCGAGAUCUGCGCGGCGCACCGCGUGGCCGGCGUCACGGACUGCGUGUCCGAGAUGCAGCGCAGCCGGCCAUACAUCCGGGCCGAGCCGGUGGGAUACGACCGGCACGAGAGGAAGUACUGGUUCCUGAACCGCCGGAUCAUAGUUGAGGAGGAGGGGGAGAAGGAGCAGAAGGAGGUGUGGUACUACAGCACCAGGCAGCAGCUUGAGGAGCUGAUGGAGGUGCUGGACGGGCAGUACUGGGAGGCGGACCUGUGCUCCGCCCUGGAGGAGGUGAAGGAGGAGGCGCACACGCACAUGGACGUCACCGACGAGCUCACUGGCAAGGCCCGGGGAAACAACAAGGCCUACCUCACCGCCGCCAACGAGAUUAUCACGGCGCGCCUGAAGCUGAAGCGAGAGGAGCAGGAGGCCAGGAAGAGAGCUGAGGAAGCAGAGAAGGCCAAACGAGAGUUGGAAUGCGCCCCAGAUAAAGCAGAAGGCUCCUCGCAGGCUGAGGAGCCGGGAGGAGAGGAGGGCUCGGGGUUGGAAGAUGUCUGUCCUACAGCGCCUCCUGCUGGAGAAGAGGACAGCAGCGACCCGACCCUUAACCCUGUCACGGACCCCUCAGACCCCUCUGACUCAGCCCAUGUUGACCCUGCCUCCAGUCAGGAGAACCUCGCCCCCUCUGGAGAGACCUCACAGGAAGAGACUGAUACGAGCGGGAAGGAGGAGGGCAGCGGGAAGGAGAAGAAGGUGGAGGGGCCCCAGCCCACUGAGGAGCAGACCAACGUGGCCCUCAGGGUGCCGGAGGGGCCUGACCUGACAGACCGAUCCUCCCAGUGGUCCUUCACCAGCAAGGACGGAUCAGAGGACGGAGUGAAGCUCUGUGGGGGAAGAGCAGCGUCCGGAGGACCCGGGUCUGUCGACCAAUCGCUGACCAGCAAUAAUGGGCCGUCCCUCCCCCUGUCCCUCCCACCGCCCCCGCCCUGCUCUGACUCCUCCCUGGCAAAGGAGCAGGCGGAGCUUCGGGCAAACGCGGCAAACCUGUUCCGCCUGGGCCAGGAGGGGAAGUACCGCGUGUACCACAACCAGUUCAGCACCAACGUGCUGGCGCUGAACAAGCACCAGCACCGUGAGGACCACGACAAGCGCCGCCACCUCAGCCACAAGUUCAGCCUCACCGCCGCAGCAGACUUCCGCUGGAACGGCUCCAUCCACGGCUCCCGCGUGUUGACGGUGUCCACGCUGCGGCUCACCAUCAUCCAGCUGGAGGGCAGUGUGCCUGGGCCCUUCAUGCACCCCAACUGGGCCGCGCACAGGUCCAACUGGAAUAAGGCGGUCCAGAUGUGCAGUAAGGCCCGUGAGUUCGCUCUGGCCCUCGCCAUCCUGGAGUGCGCCAUCAAGCCCGUGGUCAUGCUGCCCGUGUGGAAGGAGUCCCUUGGACACACCCGGCUGCACCGCAUGACGUCAAUGGAGCGUGAGGAGAAGGAGAAGAUGAAGAAGAGGGAGAAGAAGCUUGAGGACGAGGAGACGCUGCAGCAGGCCACCUGGGUCAAGUACACCUUCCCCGUCAAGCACCAGGUGUGGAAGCAGAAGGGGGAGGAGUACCGCGUGACGGGGUACGGGGGGUGGAGCUGGGUCAGCAAGACCCACGUCCCCCGCUUCCUGCCCCGGCUGCCCGGCAAUACCAACCCCAACUACCGCAAGGAGCUGGAGGCUAAAGCCAGACUAGAAGGAACAACGUCAGGCAGCAACAAGCAGGAAGACAAACCCACAACCCAGAGCAGCGGGGAGGACAAGAAGCCCCCACCCCGGGCCCACACCGCCGGGGAGAAGGAGGAACAGCAGCAGCAGCAGGAGGAGAAAAAAACCGAGGAGGAGACAGAAACUAAGAUGGAGGUCGUGUCCUCCAGUGGCACAAAAGAGGAGCAGCAGGGAGCCUCCUCGCCCCCCACCGCCGCGGCCGGGCAGCCGGUGAAGGAGGAGGUCAUUGAGACGGCCAUGGAGGGCCCCGUGGAGACGGCCACGAGCCCCAAGGAGGGCACAGUGGAGAGGACUGUCGAGGGCCCAACAGAGGGGGCUGUAGAGGGGGCCAUGGAGGGCCCAAUGCAGGGCCCCAUCGAGGGGGCUAUGGGAGGGUGCCCGACGGAGGUUCCAACGGAGGCUGCCACGGAGGGCCCCAGUCCCGUGGAGGGCCCCACAGAGGGGGCCAAGGAGGUCCCUGUGGACGAUGCCGGGCAGGGCCCCAAGCCCUUCUACCACGACGUGGUGAACGUCAGCGAGGGCUUCCAGCUGCGCACGGCCUACAAGAAGAAGGUGCGCCCGUCGCGUCUGGACGUGCUGCUGGAGCGCCGGGUCAAGCAGUUCACCCUGGAGGAGAAGCAGCGGCUGGAGCGCAUCAAGCAGGCCGCGCUGCUCGGCCGCUUCAGCAAGGCAAAGGCCGACGCCCCCGAGGGCCCGCCGCCCGCGGCAACCCCCGCCCCCACCUCCACCCCCGCCACGGCGGAGGAUGCAAGCCCCCCGGGGAGGGAGGGGAGGGACAGCGCGGUGGUGAAGCGGCUGGAGUUCGACCAGGAGCAGACGGAGAGCCGGACGCGGACGUCAGGAGAGACGGACAACCUGGACGUGAGGUUAGGCUCCGCCCCGCCGGCCCCGCUGGCCCCGCUGGCCCCGCCCAACAUGGAGCUGAACGGAGGGGUGCGGCCGGACGACGAGUCGGCCAAGCGCCCCCCUGCGGACGAGGAGGGGGAGGGGCCGCGGGUGGGCGAGAAUGGCAGGAAGCGUCUGCUGGGGGAGGAGUCAGAGGACUGGGGGUCAGGGGUCAAUGGGACGGCGGCCGACCCCCAGCCCAGCGCCAACGGGGGCGACCGGCCGCAUGUCAACGGGACCGGAGCCCAGGACGGCAGCGUCCCUCCGCCCGCCAAGCUCCCCCGCCUGGAGAACCACCUGGGCAGGGGCGACGGCGUCGUCAUGGCGACCAGCAACAACCUGGGCGCCGCGCCCCCCGCCACCGUGGAGACUCCCCUGAAGACCGUCAGCCAGGUCACCACCAUCACCUCCGCCAUCACCACGGUGUCCACCACCUCCCACACCGUGGUCUCCGGGAACGGCGUGCCCGCCUCGGUCACCGUGGCGCACUCGACGGCGCUGUGCAGCACCGUCACCGCCGUCUCCUCCGUCACCACGACGACGAGCACGGGCCGGAGCCACCACCGGACGGUGUCGACGCGGGCUAGCGGCUCCAUGACGCUCAGCAAGGAGUACUCGACCCGCGACCGCGUCAGCCUGCUGCGCUUCUCCCGCUGCCGCAAGGCACGCUCGGGCACGGCGCUGCCCUCCUACCGCAAGUUCGUCACCAAGAGCAGCAAGAAAAGCAUCUUCGUUCUGCCCAACGACCAGCUGCAGCGGCUGGCCCGCCGGGCAGGGCUCAGGGAGGUCCCCAUCUUCAGCUACACCGCUAAGCCCGCCCCCGACAUCUGGCCCUACCCCUCGCCCCGGCCCACCUUCGCCAUCACCUGGAGGUACCGUCUCCAGACGGUACGCUCGCUGGCCGGGGUCAGCCUCAUGCUCCGCCUGCUAUGGGCCUCUCUCCGCUGGGAUGACAUGGGGGUCAAGCCCCUCUCUGCCAUGGGGACCACCAGGAAAGAGACCACGGAGACGGACAUCAUCACCACGGAGAUCAUCAAGCGGCGGGACGUGGGGCCGUACGGGAUCCGCUCCGAGUACUGCAUCCGCAAGAUCAUCUGCCCGCUCAGCAUCAGGGACACGCCCAGCAAAGAGACCCCCACCCCUCAGAGGAAGGGUCUGCGCUCCAGCGCUCUCAGGCCCAGGAAGCCUGAACCCGCCAAGCAGACCGGCCCCGUCGCCGUGGAGACGUGGGUGACGGAGGAGGAGCUGGAGCUGUGGGAGAUCAGAGCCUUCGCUGAGCGGGUGGAGAAGGAGAAGUCCCAGGGCGUAGACCCCUCUAAGAUGGGGGGCAGUCUGAAGACGGCCGAGGAUGUGAAGGCUCACCUGGAGGCUCAGCUCAAACAGGCGCGGCUCGCUGCCCAGCAGAAACGUCUGGAGCAGCAGAAGGCCGGCCUCACCACCUCCAUCUCCUCCAUCACGGCCACCCCCCCCACCGCCUCCAUGGCCACCUCGCCCUCCUCCUCCUCCUCGUCCUCCUCGUCGUCCUCCUCAGCCCUGCGGGGGGCCGGGCUGACCCCCGGGGCCAAGCUGGUGCUGGCCUCAAAGCUCAGCUCCCCCGUGCCCUUCCAGAAGGACAAGGACCUCCACCAGUCCUUCGCCUCCUGGGUCAAGCAGGGGCAGGCCAGCCAGGCCGCCUCAGCAGGGGGCGCUCAGGACGCGGUGGGGAUCUUCCCCUCCGGACCCCCGGCCAACCUGCGCACCUACAGCACUCUGCACCCCACCACGGGGAACCUCAACCUGAGGGCCUCCACACCGAAGAUCGUGGCGUCGUACCGCUCUCCAGUCCAGGCAGCCUUGCCCGGCGUCUCCGUGUCCGGAGGUCCAGUAGCGACCCAGCAAGGUUCCCCCGGGUCGAAUGCCGGCCCCGUGCAGACCGGCCUGAUCCAGAGAACGGCCCAGGCCCCGCCCCCCUCGGCCCCGCCCCCCAGCCCCCAGCCCGGCCGUCCCCAGCAGGGCCAGGUGAAGCUCACCAUGGCCCAGCUGCUGCAGCUCACCCAGGGGGCGCAGGCGGGGAACCCGGGCCUGACGGUGGUGAUCCAGGGCCAGGGUCAGACCCAGGGCCAGCUGCAGAUCCUCCCCCAGGGGGUCACCGUUAUCCCCGCCCCCGGCCAGCAGCUGAUGCAGGCCGCCAUGCCCAACGGGGAUGUCCAGCGCUUCCUCUUCACCCCCAUGGCCACCGGCGCCACGGCCCUGCCCCCCACCGAGACCUCGGCUCCUCCCCCCGCAGCCCCGAUCCCCUCAGCCCCACCAGCACCUGUCCAGGCCCCCUGCCCCGCCCUGACUCCCAACACAACCCAUGUCCCCUCCCCAACACAGGCGAUAGCCCCGCCCCUGGUGGCCCCUCACCCGGCCCAGGGCGGGGCCCCCACCGUACCCCAGACGCGGGUGCUCACCAGACCCCCGCCCCCCCCCAUGGCGUCCCCCCCUCCCAUCUACGCACAAACCCCGACCCCGGUCCCUGGACCCGGUUCAGCACAAGCUACGGCCCCGCCCCCCCCACGGCAGGUCUUCACCGCGGUCCCGCCCCCUGCCGUGUCCUACGCCACCCCCCUGACCCCUGCCCUCACUCAGGCGCCAGCGCCCCUGCAAACGCCCGUCGGAGCCCCCGCUGUCACGACGUUCCACACCUCCCCCCUGGCGGCCCCGGCCACUUUCCCCUCGGCGGUCCCGUUCCCUGUCCGGACGCAGCCCGGCCUCACGGCGCCCCUCGCUGUCCCCUCCCCUGCUCCGGCUGCACUGCAUGCCCACGCGGCCAAGCCCCUUUACGUUCCCGUGGCGGCGGCGGUUGUCACGCCAGUCACGGCCACGGCGACCACGCCCUCAGUGCCAGCGCUGGCGGAGCUCCGGAUGGCCCAGCCCUCCCGAGACGCGGGGGUCUGGACCCCAGCCCCCCCCCAGGCCCAGCCGGCCGCCUUCCCCACGCAGCCUCCCCCGCUGGCCCCUCUGUCCAGCCUCGGCAGCCUCCCUGCCCCUUCGUCAGCCAUCAACCACCCGGCCGCCUUCGCUUCCUCCCCCGUCAGCCCCCCGGCCCCGGCCCCGGUCCAGUCCCACCCCCUGGUCCAGCACGCCGCCCCCACACAGCAGCUCCUUCCCCAGAGUGCGGUCUCCCCCAUGCACGCCCCCCCUCAGACUCUCCUGUCCUCGUCUGUGGUCUCCCAGGCCGCUGUGAGGCCGCCGCCCCCCCAGACUCAGGCCCAGCUCCGGCCUCAGAUUCAGGUCACACAAGCCCCGCCUCUGGCCCACAUGCAGACCAUCAGAGUCCAGAUCCAGCCCCAGUCCCAGGUGGCAACGCCCGCCCAGCAGACCUCUCCACUCCCAGCUCAGGCCCCCGCCCAGACCCAGCCUCAGGUAGUGUUCCAGAACCACCAGAACCUCUCGGCGGCCCCCCUCCAGCCCCGGCUGCAGCCCCAGUAUCACCCCCAGAUCCAGGUCCAGUUCCAGUCCCAGAACGCCGCCCCGCAAGGCAAGACCCACGCCAUCAUUCAGCACCAGCAGCAGAUCCACAUCCAGACGCAACAGCCCCUCCAGACGCAACCCCUCCAGACGCAACCCCUCCAAACACAAGCCCCCCAGCUUCAGCCCCACCUCCAGCCCCAGCAGCAGAUCCAGAUCCAGGCCCAGAUCCAGACACAACCCCUCCAGCAGCUCCAGCCACAAGCCCACCUCCAGCCCCAGCAACAGAUCCAGGUUCAGACUCACAUCCAGCCCCAGCAGCAUACGCUCCAAACACAACUCCAGCCCCAACAACAGAUCCAAGCCCACACACAGCCCCAACCACAGCAGGUCCAGACACAAGUCCUCCUCCAACCCAAGCAGCAGUUGCAGACGCAGCUUCUGCCCCAACAGCAGGUCCAAGGCCAGCUCCAGCAGGUCCAAGGCCAGCUCCAGCAGGUCCAAGGCCAGCUCCAGCCGGUCCAAGGCCAGCUCCAGCCGGUCCAAGGCCAGCUCCAGCAGGUCCAAGGCCAGCUCCAGCAGGUCCAAGGCCAGCUCCAGCCGGUCCAAGGCCAGCUCCAGCCGGUCCAAGGCCAGCUCCAGCAGGUCCAAGGCCAGCUCCAACAGGUCCAGUUCCAGUCCCAGCCCCACAUCCAGGUGAUCCCCCAGACCCCCCAGCAGCAGGUGGCGGUCCAGCCCAAACUGCAAGUCCAGUUCCAGCAGCAGCAGCAGACCCAGAGCCCGCUGCAGGCCCCCCAGCUCCAGGUGCAGUCCCCCCUCCGGCACCAGCUUAUCAGCGUGCCGGGCCUCCAGCAGCCCGUCCAGCUGCUGUCCGCCCUGCCGCCACACGUAGCGGCCCAGAUCCAGGCCCAGAUCCAGGCCCAGAUGCAGGCCCAGGGCGGGGCGGUGCCCCAGCAGAUCAAGCUGCAGCUCCCAAUCCAGAUCCAGCAGCCGGGGGGGCAGGUCCAGACCCACCAGAUCCAGAACCUGGUGACCAUCCAGGCCCAGGCCAGCGUGGUCCCCAGCCCGGGGGAGCUGGGCCGGCUGCAGCACCAACCGCAGCCACAACAGAACCAGCUCAAUCAACAGCAGCAGAACCAGCUCCAUCAACCACAGCCGCCGCCCAAGAAGAAGAAGAACGAGAGCAAAAGGGAGCAGAGAGAGCAGGCCCUGCUAGGCUCCAGCCCCGCAGACAGCCUCAGCAAACAGGCGACGGUGAAGCAGACGGCCUCGGAGCAGCAGAAGCAGAGGAAGAGUCUGGCGGCGGCGGAGCGCGAGGAGAACCACAGGAUGAUGGUUUGCAACCAGGUGAUGAAGUUCAUCCUGGACAAGAUGGAGAAGGACGAGAAGCAGGCGGCUAAGAAGAGGAAGAAGGAGGAGGUGGUGGAGCAGAAGCGCUCCAAGCAGAACGCUACCAAGCUGACGGCGCUGCUGUACAAACACAAGGAGCAGCUGAAGGCCGAGAUCCUGAAGAAGAGGGCGCUGCUGGACAAGGAGCUGCAGCUGCAAGUACAGGACGAGCUGAAGCGGGACAUCGUCCGGCUGCAGAGGGAGAAGGAGAAAGCGCGGGCGGCCAUCACGCAGGCCGCCGCCGCCGUCGCCAAGGCAACGCCUCGCCCCGCCCACCCCCUGACGUCGCCCCCGCCCCCGUCUUCAUCACAACCCCCCGCCCACUCCUCCCACAAACGCAAGCGGGAGGAGGAGCGGAGCCGGGAGAGAGACAAGCACCGCGAGAAGAGCAAGAAGAGGGACAAGGAGAGGGAGAGAGACCGGCCCCCGGAGAGAGACCAGCCCCCGGAGAGAGACCGGCCCCUGGAGAGGGAGAGACCCCCCCCGGACAAGGAGAGACGCUUGGACAAGGAGAGGCCCGCGGAGAGGGAGAAUGAGAAAGACAGGCCCCCCGAGAGGGAGAGGGAGAGAGACAAGCAGCGGGAGAGACCGCGGGACAAGGAACGGGCGGAGCGGGACCCCCUGAAGCACAAGAAGAAGAAGGGACUCUCGGCCUCCAGGGACCACAAGAAGGAGGCCAAGCUGUACUGCCUCUGCAGGACGCCCUACGACGAGGCCAAGUUCUACAUCGGCUGCGACCUGUGCUCCAACUGGUUCCACGGCGUGUGCGUGGGCAUCACGGAGAAGGAGGCCAAGAAGUUGGAGGACUUCGUGUGUCCGGGCUGCAGGCGGGGCCAGCAGGGGGGCGCUGCUGCCGACACAGGAAGCUUUCCCGAGGCCGCAGGAAGUGGGACGGAGGCGGGAGACGGGCCCAAGGUGGGAAGCUGUCCAGAGACGGGAAGUGCUCAGGAGACAGGAAGUGCCCCCGAGAUCGUCGUCGUGGUGGAGGAAGUAGGCGGCGGCCAGGAGCUGUACUGCAUCUGCCGGACGCCAUACGACGAAACACAGUUUUACAUCGGCUGCGACCGCUGCCAGAACUGGUACCACGGCCGCUGCGUGGGCAUCCUGCAGAGCGAGGCCAACCACAUCGACGUGUACGUGUGUCCGCAGUGCCAGUCCACCGAGGACGACAUGACGGUGCUCACCCCGCUCACCGACAAGGACUACGAGGGGCUGCGUAGGAUCCUGCGCUCGCUGCAGACUCAUAAGAUGGCGUGGCCCUUCCUGGAGCCGGUGGACCCCAGCGACGCCCCCGACUACUACCGCGUCAUCAAGGAGCCAAUGGACCUGGCCACCAUGGAGGGCCGGCUGCAGCUCCGUCACUACCGCAAGCUGACAGAGUUUGUGGCGGACGUGACCAAAGUGUUCGACAACUGCCGCUACUACAACCCCAACGACUCGCCCUUCUUCCAGUGUGCCGAGGUCCUGGAGAGCUUCUUCGUCCAGAAGCUCAAGGGGUUCAAAGCCAGCAGAUUGUCUGCCUCAUAAGUGUCCCCCUAGUAGCCUUGGAGGCUGGAUGCUGGGGGUCUUGGUAGUCAUGGAAACAGGCCAUUUCAUGUGUUGAUUGUUUGUUUGUAACACACAUUUCUUUUUAAAACGCUCCAAACUUGCAUUGACAAAAAACAACACAAAUCUUUCAAAAUGGCUGCCGUGUUGGCAUGUGUUAUGAAUGUUAUGUUUUGUCUGUUACUUUUUUUUUGCUUUUCUUCUGACCGUUUAAAAGAAACUCUCAAAUCUCCCCCUGAAAACAGUCCUCUGCAAAAUAUCAAUCAUGAUUCUCAAAUGUCGUUCAUGUAAUGUAGUAUUGGGUUGAAUCAGACAUUUUUUAUUUUUAUGUUGGACUGUACAUUUUAUUAUAAUCUAAUGAUAAUAUUAAUAAUAAUUAGCUAUGACCUCCAUUUCUGACACUUUACACCAACCCAUGUUCCGUUCAAUAAACCUGAUGUCAAUAAUGCUCAUCAAGGUGUUGGUAAUCACUGCUAAUCAGUUUAAAGAGUAAGACGUUUUAAAACACUUAUUUUGAAGGAGUUCUACUCAUGGAUCACCGACUCAGCCAUUGGCUGGAGCUGGGUCCAAACCCCAGCCUUACUGGGCCCCUUAUGGGUCACCUGACCUGUCACCUGACUGAACCAUGCCUCUAGAAGCUAGCAUAGUUCACUGUCCGGCACCAUUCAGGCGUUCUCUGUACCAGACACCAUCAUGGCUCCACCCCCUCAUCCUCCAUCAUGCUAUCACAUGUCCGACCAUUAACCGGUUAAUAAAGCCAACAAGUACCUUAACCUGUCCGUCCCCCCUCCCCGUCCCCCCUCUCUCUAACAGGUCUCACAUCAACAAACCACAGCCCGCCACCACCGCUUAGAACACACACACACACACACACACACACACACACACACACACACACACACACACACACACACACACACACACACACACACACACACACACACACACACACACACACACACACACACACACACACACAGAGCAUAGAAAAAGCACUUGCCAAGAAUGCAGCUUUUGACUGAACUUUGGU